GUAUUAAUGAUGAUGAUAAUAGUAUUUAUAUUGCUGAUCGUGAAAACCAUCGUAUCGUUCGAUGGCAAUCAGGUGCAUACAACGGCGAAAUAGUUGCAGGUGGAAAUGGACGUGGAAGUGCAAUACAUCAACUGAAUUAUCCGAAGGAUGUUAUUCUUGAUAAAGGCAAGGACAAUAUUAUUAUUUGUGAUCAGGGCAACGCACGAAUAAUACGAUCAUCUCUUCAAAAUAGCCAGAAUCAACAGGUAUUGAUAGUACGUAUUGUUUGCUGUAGUUUAGCAAUGGAUGACAAUGAAGAUCUUUAUAUUUCUGAUCCGGAAAAGCAUCGAGUCAUACGUUGGCGACAAGGAGAUAAAGAAGGUAAAGUUGUAGCAGGUGGAAAUGAUAAAGGAAAUCGAUUUAAUCAACUUAAUCAACCGAGUUCUAUUUUCGUCGAUAAAUAUUAUUCAAUUUAUGUAGCAGAUUAUAUGAAUAAUCGCGUAAUGAAAUGGUCGAAAAAUGCGACUAUAGGUAUUCCUGUUACUCAUGGACAACUCAUUAAUGCAAAUCUCAGUUCACUUCUUCGACCCAACAGCGUAAUUGUUGAUCAUCUGGGUAAUAUUUAUAUGUCGAAUGAGAGAAAUCAUCAAAUAACACGUUGGUUACCAGGUACAACAAAAGGUGUUCCUGUCGUUGGUGGAAGAAACGCUGGAAGCAAAUCCAUGGAGCUCAGUUAUCCAUUUGAUUUAUCAUUCGAUCGACAAAGUAAUCUUUAUGUCGUCGAUGCAGGCAACGAUCGAAUACAAAAAUUUAUUAUUGAUCGUGACUGA